AUGUCAUGUAACGACAGAAUAGUUGAUCGUUUAUCGUUACCAGAUCAUGAAAAGGAUAAAAAAAAUGUUCGGAAAGCACGACAUCGAUAUGAACGUCCAUCAAAACUUGAUGCUGAUGUGGCAAUAAAACAUGCUCGAACACAUGAACAUCAUCAAGUCGAAUCAUGGAAAACAACAUAUGCAAAAUUUGUUUCUAAUAUGGUACAAUUACAUAAUUAUUAUCGUGCACGCCAUUCAGCAUCACCAUUAACAAUCAGUCAACGAUUAAAUUAUAUAGCUCAAAAAUAUGCUGAAUAUUUAGCAGCAACAUCAAGAUUUGAACAUAGCGGAAAUAGAUUUGGAAAUGAAUCUUUAGGAGAAAAUCUUUAUAUGCAAUGGAUUUCUCAUGGUAAAGUUCCAGUUAGUGCAAGAGAAGCAACAAAAAGUUGGUAUGAUGAAAUUGAACUAUACAGUUAUAAACGUCCAUAUUACUCCGAAGAAACAGGACAUUUUACACAAAUGGUAUGGAAAUCAACACAAAAAAUAGGCAUUGGAGUUGCUCUAUCAGCUGAUGAACGAGAAGUUUAUAUAGUUGCAAAUUAUUAUCCAGCAGGGAAUAUUAUAAAUCAUGGUUAUUUUGAAAAAAAUGUUUUACCGGCGAAAUAUUAA